CCAACCAAGUCGUACUGCAAGUAUAAUCUAUCGGUUAAAACCCUGUUCUAUGAUUGGUUAAUUCUCAUUGUGUUUACUGGUCUAUUUUUCUUGUCAAUGAAUGGGUCGAUGUAUUGAAAGUACGAAAACUGUCGAUAUGGUUACAACAAACGUUACUUUUAAGACUAUUGAAGUUAAAUUUUUUUCUCUGUUAAACGUGAAAAAAGGAUGAUAGCAAAAUGCACGCUUACCUGUAGUCAAAUUGACAAACUCAAUUCGAGUACAUUAGUGAAGAAAGACACUCGUGCAUCGCAUCAGAAACGAAGUGGUCACGGUAUUUUUACGUGGGCUAACGGAGCUUCCUAUGAUGGUGAGUUUUUUGAGAAUCGAAGACAUGGUAGAGGAAAGCAAAAAUGGCCUGAUGGUUCUUCGUACAUCGGAGAAUUUCGGUGUGACUUAAGAGAAGGCCAUGGUCGACAUACUUGGGCAAAUGGCGAGGUAUAUGAAGGUACAUUUGCAAAUGACAAAAGACAUGGAAAAGGGAGAUAUUUUUGGCCCAAUGGAACUCACUUUGAGGGAAAUUUCUCUCAUGAUCACAAGGAAGGAUACGGGUGUUUUCAUUUUUCAGAUUUAAAACAAUUUAAGGGUAUGUACAAAAAUGAUGAACGAAAUGGUCCCGGGGUAGUUUUUUAUAAUAAUGGUGCACAAGACAUUGGCUUAUGGCAUGGGGAAAAAUUGAUCAAAUUAUGUAUUGUUAUGAACAAUGCUUUCUUAUUUCAACAUUUUUCUGAAUAUGUUGUCAAUGCUGGAAAUAAUGUUCCAUUGAAUGUUAGACAAGUGAAUUCAGCCAUUUCUGAAUCUCCAUUAUUCAUGGACAUUGAAGAGAAUGAGAUAACACAAGAUUCAUUCUUACUCCAUGAGAAAGUAUCUGAAAUGUCUCUUCUUUCUGAUAUUAUCAAUGGAGGGAGGAAUUUUUCUAAUCAUAAAAAAGGUCCAUGUGAGUUAGCUAGUGAAGAGCUUCUUCUAGCAUCUGGUGAUGGUGAUUGGAUGCGAGUCAUUGAGUUGCUUGAGGAAGGAUUGGUUCAUGUUGAUGUUGCUGAUAAAACAGGUUUUACGGCAUUACUUGCUGCUUCGGUAAAUUGCCACAAAGAUGUCAUCAAUUCUUUGCUUGAUUAUGGAGCGGAUAUAAACAAACUGAACUAUGAAGGUUUAUCACCGCUUGCUGCUUGUCAUGUUCUAUUUUAUACAAAACACACAUGGAAGAAAAAUAUUGGCGAAACACUAAGUAAAGAGAAUCUAUUAAAUAGUGUGCGUUGGGACACGGAUAAUGGUACAUUCAUACAACGAAAGCCAGUCUAUCACGACGACGAAAGGGUUUCUGAUUCAAGAAAUUCCAUUUCAAGAAAUAAGGUGGAAAAUAAACCGUUGGAAAUUAAACGUGAUAUUCACAAAAACUUUAAGAUGGAUGUUCACACUAGAGAUAAACUUGAACUUUACGAAUCCCGGGAAAGUGAUCAGUUGUUUCCUUCAACAAAAAAACUCUAUCCAAUUGCUGAUGAAAUGAAGUGUUUUUGCCCCCGUCAUACAAAAUCUCGCCUCAAUGAUACUUUGAAAUCCGCUCAGUUUUCCGAUGAAUCUGAUGUCAGAAUGUUCUCCACGGACCGUAGAUUUGUCGAUAAAAGUCCUUCGAUGAAAAAAUGGACAAACCAUUCUCCUGAUUCAAUAGAUAAACAAUUGUUCAUUUAUGAUUUUUUAAGUGGAAGAACCUCCCCCAGUUUAAAACAUUGUCACGAAAAUAAUCCGUCUCAUGUCGAAAACUGCAGCUCCUUAGAGAUAAGUGAUUUGAACAUUACUUCAUCUUGUGAAGAUGGAGAGCAAUCACUGCAAUACAGUUUACAAAACGUCAUCAGCAGCUCGUUGUCGUCACCAUUCACGGACGAUGAGACGGAUAGUCUAAACAGCUGUAAGCAAAGCAAGAAAAGACUACUUGCCCAACAAAGGCGUCCACAUUUGGAAGCUGCCGUACAACUCCUUUUAAAGCGUGGAGCAAGCCCCAAUGCAUCCUCACUCCCAAUGCCUGUUUUAUUUUUUGCCAUCAAAGCUGCUGAUGCACCGGUCGUGGCGCUCUUGCUUGAAAAAGGCGCGGAUCCAAACGCACGACUGUCGUCAGAGCAACUAGGUAUAACACCGUUGCACAUUGCUGUUGCGUUGCCGUCUAACUCUUUUACUAUUUCGAAACUGUUGCUGACGUCUGGAGCUGAUCCUAAUAUGAGGGAUUUCGCAUUUACUGGCGUAGAGAAUGGCCGCACACCGUUGCACACAGCUUGUUGUCGGGAGGAUGACGAUGAAAAGGCAAAUCAUGUCAUCAAACUUUUGUUGGAAUAUGAAGCUGAUCCAAAUAUGUUAUGUAACGGUCAUUCUGCAUUGUCACUUGCUAUUGGAAGUGGUAAUGAUUUGGCUGUGGAAACUCUCCUCGAACAUGAAGCUGAUGCUAGUUUACCUUUAAAGUGUGGUGUUGGGUCGUCUUUAUGUGCAGCAAUUUCAUUUACUGCGGAGAAACGACGGAAAUUUGUCGACCGAAUUCGCCUGGUGAACAAUUUGAUACGAAACGGUGCUAAUAUCCUUGCUCCAAUUACUAUCAAUGAUAAAUGGCCACCUGGCACAGUUGUGGAUUAUGCGUACAACGUUUUUUAUCAGGAUCAAAGAAUAUCUAAAACGCCGUAUCAUUCGCUGUCAUCAUAUGAAAGAAAAGUUUUAAAGUCUAGACGAAAGAUGCUUGAUCAUCUGGCAGAUUUACUUCGAGCGCACGUUCUGAAGAGGGAAAAGAAACUACUCGAAGAACAAUUAUCUUGUGCAAGAUCGCUGAAGAUGGAAUCUUGCAAGGACAUACACAAGAAACACAUCGAUCGUCCACUGAGUUUUCACUUGGACGAAACCGUAAUGGAGGAUGGCAAAAGUAAAGCGAACCCUUCAAAUAUUUUGGCGUCAACUUUUGAUGAAAGUUCUGAAACUAUGUCACGUGUUUCGUUCAGCGAUGGUCGAUUUUCAGAUUGUGGAUUGCGUGUUACUGUCGUUUAUUCGUCUGUUGACGUCAUGAACAUCUCUCAACUAUCGCUCAACUCGAGCAACAACCGGCAAAUAAUAAGCAUAUGUCGCUUUCGUUAUUGUUACGAAUGUGGUCGUUCCUUAGCUGUUCGCCUUUCCUCGUGCACUCGCUGUAAGCAAGUUUUCUUCUGUAGUCGAAAUUGCAAAAUGAAAGCGUGGAAAUCUCGACACAAAGCCGAGUGCAAACUUUCGUCAGCUAGGACAAAAAGUUCGUCGUCGAAAAGAGCAGAAAUUCCAAAGUCUGCUGAGUGUAAUGCAAAUCACGAUGCUUCGUCGAAAUGUGCUUCAAGAAUGAAACGGAAGAAUUUGCGGAGCGCUUCGAAAAACGUGAAAGUUGUUACUAAAGAAACCACAGUAAAUGUUCGGAGAUGCAAAUAGGUAUAAAAUAUAGUUUCGAGUAGAGUUUAGAUAUAAUGGUCCGAAUGUAAUUUUGGAUUUUAUUUAUUCGUAUUAGUUUACAUAGCUUAUGACACAAGUAAAAAAAUCCAAAUUCAUCGGUACGAUGCAAAUUAGGACGUAGCAAAAUAGAUAAAUGAAUGAUUUAACGAAACACAGUAUCAUGUGUGGAAUUUUUGCUCAAAUUGACAAAAUUCGACUGUACGAAUACAUAUGAUUUAUAAGAUCUGCUAGUUGUUGAAAAUCCCAGAGGAUUCAUAAAACACGUGUAAAUAUACAGUUACGUCUGCUAAAUUAUAGUUCUCUGAUAACGUAA